UGUGACCAUCCAAUUACACUCGAGCUUGUGGUUACCAGGAAGUGCAGGACGCCAGAAAGAUACUCUUCUCAUCAACUUUUUCUAACCUUAAAUUGUAAUUUUCUGUCGUAACUUUUACAGAAACAGGACUCUGUUAUCGCGGUCACACACGUUGCUUCUGCUGCCAGCAUAAAGGCGUUCUCAGCACAGUCCACAACCAGCUCGCUUAAAUGUGACGGCAGGAUUUGCCCAGCUAGCUUGUGCUGCUAACACAACUUAGUAAACAAGAACAGGGAAGAUACCUUCUGCCAGCUGCAGUCAUUAACCUUGUCGCCCCGCGGACUGAACGACUUUUCCGCAGAUGAUCGAUAUGACUAGCACUGUGCUGCAAGUCGGUACCGGUGUUGUUGUCAUUGUGAUCGUUUGGAUCGCAGCUCUUGUGGUAGGGACCAUUCUGCUGAGAGCCGAUGGAUCGGCAAAGUUAGGAGUCAUCCCCACUACCCUCCUGGCUCUCACCAUCACUCUGGUGCUGGUGUUCUUCCCUCGGAGCCCAGAGACGCCUCUUCCUUUCAAAGAGAUGGAGAUAGUCGACACCUUCUUCAUUGGCCGCUACGUUCUCCUGGCUGUGGUGGGGACAGUUUUCCUGGUGGCGUUGUUCAUGCUGCUGCCCUUGCACUUCCUGGAGCCGGUGCAUGCUAAGGCUUUAAGGACGUACUAGGAGGCCAGCAUCGUUGGCGGCAGCAGGGUCACAUCCUCCAAGAUGCAGAACGCAGGGAAAACAGGGUUGAUGGGGGAGCAGAAGAAUCUCUCCCUGUUGUGAAGAACUGAGACUGCUCUAAAAACGAAUGCCAGCAUUCUCUCAAUGAACUUCUGAAACUUCUUACAUCUCUUUUUUUAUUAUUUUUGAUUUGUAAGUAGCAGUGCUUGUCACAAAUGUAACUUUUGAAUCAGUUUUUCUCUUAACUUCUAGAGUCAGUUUUCAUCUCCUCUAGAUAAACUUAAGAGGUGCUCAGUGUUUUUGUCCUGUUUCUUCUCAGUGUAGAUGGGUGAAGUCCUUCCCUGUCACACUGGUUCCUUUUUGCCAUGUCUGUUGUUUUAUCAAACAUAAACAAAAUAGUAACAGAAAGAUGUGAAUCACAUUUUGUGGAGCAUUAGGCCUUGUCACAGUUUUGAACUACAGCUCCCGUUUAAAAGUAAUCACCCCCUGUAAUGUUCAAAUGUGACCUGUCUGACAAGAAAGUUUACAGAAACAUCUCCAGUGUCAAAGUAAAAACUGAUUUCCACAAAUUAAUGACAGCUAAGUAAAAAUACAUCAUAAAAUUUCAUAAUGUUUCAAAGUAGCCUGACCAUUGCGUUCGUACGUAGUUCUGCUCGAUUCUCAUCUCCCUUCUGUGCUCUGCCUGGGAUUUCUCCCAUUGAGCUAGAUUUCUCUGGUUGAAUUUCAGUUGGACCAAUCGGGGAACAAGAAGGAGUUGUGAACAAUGAGGUAAAUUUUCAGUGCUGUUUUAGAAUUCCAGUCUGCCUAUCGAAGGUUGUAGUUUGGCAACAGCAACAGAGGAAGUGAAUGAAGCCACUCAGUUAUGUGUCGACCAUGUUUCAACUGAGCCCACACCUCCAGCAAUUGAUUGUUUCUCAAUAGCCGAGGGUCCGGACUCUGUACGAAGUAAAGCGUAGAACAAG